CAAACUUUAAAUAUCUCGUCUUCAGUCAGAAAUAAUUUACCUAAAAGUUUUUAUGACCAACAAUCAUUGGCAUCUAAUGACAUAUCUUCUUCAGAUAGAAGCCCGUCACCCAAAAGUGCUUAUGAUCGACGAUCACCAUUUCUAUUAAAUAAAAACCGUUCAAAGUCGACCAAUAUCGCAUCACCUUCCUUAAUUAGAAAGAGUUCUUUUGAAGAGGAUUAUGAUCAGCAACUAUCAGCAUUAACCGCAAUUAAUACCUAA